CAGCGUUGGUCAUGUCAGUGUUCAGUGUUCGCCAACUCGCAACACAGUGUUUGUGUGAUCGCAGCAUCAUCAGGAUUAAUCACUACAUACGACAAACCUCCAGCGAUGAAAGCCUUUGUGUGUCUUCUGCUGAUUGGCGCUGCCAGCGUUACAGCCAAGCCUAAGCCUGGUGGCUGGUCUUCGGGCGGCGGUGGCGGAGGCGGUGGUCAUGGCGGUGGCGGUGGCUGGUCGUCAGGCGGUGGCGGUGGCCAUGGCGGCGGUGGCGGCGGCGGAGGCGAUGUCCAGGUCAUCAAAGUGAUCACAGAGAGCGGCGGCGGUGGCGGUGGCCAUGGCGGUGGUGGAGGAGGCGGUGGCUGGUCUUCCGGAGGCGGAGGAGGCGGUGGCUGGUCCUCAGGCGGUGGCGGCGGCGGUUGGUCCUCCGGUGGUGGGGGAGGCGGUGGACAUGGCGGCGGUGGCGGUGGCGACAUCAAGCUGAUCAAGAUCAUUAGUCUGGGCAGCGCUGGCGGCGGCGGCGGCGGACAUGGUGGAGGCGGAGGAGGCGGUGGUUGGUCCUCAGGAGGCGGCGGCGGUGGCUGGUCCUCAGGAGGCGGCGGUGGCGGUCACGGAGGCGGCGGCGGCGGCACCAAAGUCAUCAAGAUCAUCAAGCUGAGCGGCGGUGGAGGAGGAGGCGGAGGCGGUGGUCAUGGCGGUGGUGGCGGCUGGUCAUCGGGUGGCGGUGGCGGCGGCGGUGGCUGGCAGCCAGCUGGUGGCUGGGCCUAAGAGUCGUGCAUACCCCGUCAACACCCUGUAAAUACUGUAAAUAAUUGCAAAAUCACAAAGACAACACAAAAAAAAAAGAUCAACUACUUUUUUUUUUUUUUUGUAUUCUUCUAACUUCCUGUGUGAAAUGUGCAAAUGACAUAAUAUUAAUUGUAUAAUCGUAUAUUUGGCAUUGUUUAAAAUAUUAAAAA